AUGUCUCUCUCAGCAGGACAAUUUACAGGGCGUACCAUCGCAGUCACGGGCGGCUGCUCAGGAAUCGGCCUGGCAAUAGUCAAAGCACUGGCCCUCCAAGGCGCGACCGUCUACAUAGCAGACAUAUGUAUGACCCUGCCGCCGGAACUCACGGGACAAAAGAAGGUGCACUUUAUCGGUGACUGCGAUAUCACCUCGCGUACAGCGUGCCAGCAGUUCAUCCACUCGAUCCCCGGCCGCCUCGACGGGCUCGUCAACAGCGCGGGAAUCUGCCCAACGGAAGGGAAGAUGGCAUCCGACGAACAAUACACGAAAAUCAUGGCCGUCAACGUCAACGGCACCUGGAACAUCGGGACAGCGGCGAUCCGACGCAUGGCGGAGCAGGAGCGCCGCUGCACACCCGGGCUGCUCCCCGGCACGGAAAGGACCGUCGGCGCCGGGAGCAUAGUCAACAUCUCCAGUGGUGGUGGGUUGCGCGGGAUUGCGGGGAUGGCCGUGUACAGUGCGUCCAAGCAUGCUGUGCUGGGACUCACGCGGUCUUGGGCGAGGGACUGGCCGAUGCUGCGGAUCAAUGCGGUUGCACCAGGAGUCACUGAUACCCCACUUAUUCGUGGAACAGCGGAUGCGGAGGGACAGAGUGAUGUUGGCAGGUUGGCUGCGCAGCUUGCAGCGAGGAGUCCCCAGGGGCGCAUGGCAUAUGCCACUGAUGUCGCCGACGUGGUGCUUUUCCUAUUGUCUAGCUCCUCUAGCUUUGUAACAGGGCAGGUGAUUCCUGUUAAUGGUGGUGCGGACUAG